AGCGGACAGAACGGUGGUGCGGAGAAGAAGCAAUGGCGACGCCGGCGGGUCUCUAUGCUCGUCUCGCGGGGUUCCGGCGGACGCUGGUCGGUGAUGCAGUCCGGUUCCUCGACCGGCAGGUGCUUCAUCUCUCUACGGAGUCCUCUCCAUCCUCCACUUCUUCAGCCAAGAAGCAGAGGGACACGCUCGGCAGGAGGAUGCUGAGCCUCGUGUACCCGAAGCGCAGUGCCGUGAUCGCCCUCCGCCAGUGGAUAGAGGAAGGGAGGACCGCUCGUAAGUACGAGCUCAAUCGCAUCGUAAGGGAGCUCAGAAAGCACAAGCGAUUCAAGCACGCACUCGAGAUCUGUGAGUGGAUGACACUUCAGCAAGAUAUAAAACUGUUGCCAGGUGAUUAUGCCGUUCAUCUAGAUUUGAUAGCAAAAGUUCGUGGCUUGACAAGUGCACAUAAGUUCUUUGAGGAUCUUCCUCAAAAGAUGAAGGAAAAGUCAACUUAUACAUCUCUCCUCCACGUGUAUGUGCAAAGCAAAUUGUCAACAAAGGCAGAAGCAUUGAUGGAAAAAAUGUUGGAGCUUGGGAUAGCAAAAAAUCCUCUGCCUUACAAUCAUAUUCUGAAUAUGUACAUUGCUAAUGGCAAAUUGGAUAAGGUGCCUUUGGUGAUGCAACAGCUGAAGAAAAACACAGUUCCUGAUCUGUUCACAUACAAUCUCAUGUUGAGUGCAUGUGCCAUCAGCAAAGAUGUAAAAGGAGCUGAAAAAGUUCUCCUUGAGUUAAAUGAGAGAAUGGGGAAUGGCGACUGGGUGACAUACAGCACAUUAUCCAACAUAUACAUUAAUGCAGGGCUAGUGGAGAAAACCAGAAAUGCUCUAAAAGAGAUGGAGUUGAGGAUAUCUUGCCAAGAGCGUUCUGCUUAUUGCUCGCUGAUGACCUUGUAUGCUAGUGUGUCUAGUAAAGAUGAUGUAUGUAGAAUAUGGAGGAACAUGAAGCUAACCUUUCGUAAAAUGAGUGAUUUUGAAUAUUCCUGCAUGUUAUCAUCCCUUACAAAGCUAGAUGAUAUUGAAGGAGCUGAGAGUAUCUGUGCAGAAUGGGAAUCUGUAUCCCCCACAAAUGAUGCUAGGAUCCCAAACAUACUUCUUGGAGCAUAUGUGAGGAAGAGUAUGUUGGAGAAAGCAGAGUCGUUUCACGAGCAUAUGCUACAACAUGGAAUCAAGCCAAGUUACACCACAUGGGAACUUCUUGCACUGGCUUCCCUAAAGAAGAUGGACACUGAUAAGGCCCUUGAUGCCUUACAGAAGGCCAUAUCAAGUGUCACAAAGUGGACACCCAAUGAGGAAAUUAUACAACUGGUGUUUGAAAAUGUUGAGACUCUUGGUGACAUAGAGGGUGUGGAAAAAUUCCUAGUCAUUCUGAGGGGUUCUGGCUAUGUGACAACUGCUGUUUACAACUCCUUGCUGCGUACAUAUGCCAAAGCAGGGAAGAUGCCUCUGCUAAUAAUUGAACGCAUGAAGAAAGAUAAUGUUAAAAUAGAAGAAGAGACCAAAAAGCUUCUUAAAAUGACAAGCAAGUUACCUGUUGGUAAAGUUUCAAGCACAAUUUUGUGAAGUAUCUUCUUAAGUUCAAUAAAAUUGAUGGUAUAAGUUGGAUAUCUUGCACCUUGGAGAUGCAUCUACAUGACCAAAAACGUUGUGCACAGAAGAAAUUGUAAAAUACAAGAUUGAAGUUCAUCUUACAGAAACAGGAUUUACCCAAAGUCUGUUGACUUUGUUUGGAUUCUGGUGAUGAAAUGUCUGUUAAAUUGUGAGAUCAAACACCUGGAACUUCAUAUCAAGUAAAGCCAGUAGAAGUUGCUAUCUUUAAUGCUGAAUGAAACUGGUGGCAGCAUCCUCAUCCCGCCAUGAUAUUACACUUGCUGUGAACAACAGAUUUUGUUUUCACCUAACAUAAUCCUCUUUUCUUUGAUAGGAAAGUUUCCCUUGAUGCCCUGCUUGAUGGAUUCAGCCGGACAAGCGUGGUGGUUAUGUGGUUUUCUGGUUCAUGGUUAUGUCCUUCCCAUUUGGCUAGCAUUGCCAAACAGUUAGGUUGAAGUGUAGAAAUUACUAACAUCACAUUCUUUUGGACUUUCCACAUUUCGGUUUGUGUAUUUGGCUGUAUGAGUUUGUUUGGAUAUGUAAGUCUAUCUUAAGUAGGAUUCAGUAAGCUGGAGGAAUAACCCUGUCAAUUUUCAUCAAUUUGAUUUAAACCAGCAUCACAUUUAUGGUGGUUUUCGUUA